CCAGUGACCCCAUAAUCUACCCCACAAUAUCCACGAAGGACUUCUCUCACUCCCAUCAACCUUUCGCCACAACCCCAAACUCUCUCUCUCCACCAUGGCGUCCACCAAAGAAGAAACCCUAGUCUACGACAUACACAUCUCCUCGGUCGGGCCGGGCCAGGUCACCGGGGAACACGUGGUCCACGAGCCAACAAACAUGGACCUAGCCAUGAAGCUCCACUACCUCAAAACGGUUUACUACUUCAGGAGCCAAGCAGUUGAUGGGCUGACCACAUUGGACAUCAAGGAGCCCAUGAUCACGUGGCUCAACCAGUUCUACCCUGCCUGCGGCCGGUUCCGGAGGGCUGACUCGGGCCGGGCCUACGUCAAGUGCAAUGACUGCGGGGUCAGGUUCGGUGAGGCCCGGUGUGGGAAAAGCCUUGAUGAGUGGAUAAAGAUGGUGGAGGAGGAGGUUUCUAUCGAGAGGUUGCUCGCGCCUAAUCAAGUUAUUGGGCCUGAGUUGCCUUUCUCUCCACUAGUUUUCUUGCAGUUAACAAAGUUCAGAUGUGGUGGAGUGUCAGUGGGCCUAUGCUGGGCCCAUGUUCUUGGAGAUCCAUUUUCAGCCGCAGAUUUCAUGAACGCAUGGGGCCAAGUCAUGAAGGCCCAAAAGUCAGCCCAACCCCUCAAACAAGGCCGAACACCAACCAAGCCCGAAACUUACCCGAGCCCGCCCACACCAUUCAAAGAUCCGAUUUCUGUCAAACGGGUCGGGCCAGUUGGAGACCAUUGGAUGAGUCCCAAUAACUGCAAAAUGGAAACAUUUUCCCUAAAUCUUGCUACCAAACAGAUGAAUCACUUGCAGUCUAAGGUAUCCGGCCUAGUUGGAAUUAAUCCAAGUCCAGUGUUUGAGUCCAUAUGUGCCCUAAUUUGGAAAGCUGUUGCCAAAAUUAGAAAUGGGCCUGAGCCCAAGGUAGUGACAAUAUGCAAAAACAAUUCCCACGAUCCGCGCGAAAAGGGUAUUUUGGGCAAUGGACAAGUUAUAAGCGUUGUUAGGGCCGAAUUUUCGGUACUCGAGGCUAAUCCAAAGGAACUCGCGUGGUUGGUAGUUGAUCGAGCCGAGGACGAACGGAGCAGGAUCGGAGAAGCAAUGGAAAGAGAGAACGGAUUGUCCGAUUUCAUAGUUUACGGAGCGAAUUUGACUUUUUUGGACUUGGAGGGUGCUAAUCCGUAUGAUCUAGAGUUCAAUGGGCAGAAGCCCAUUUAUGUGGGCUACGACGUCGAUGGGAUUGGGGAGGGAGGGGCUGUUUUGGUAAUUCCAGGGCCCAAGAAUGCUACCAAGGUUGUGACCCUAAUAAUGCCAGAGAGUGAAGUGUUGGAGCUUAAAUCUGAGUUGAAAAGGGAGUUUUCAAUUGCUUGAGUGACUGAAAUAUUGGUCGGACCAGUAAUUGUGUGCUGUGAUCAUGAAUUUCCUAAUGUCCUUAACGUAGGUCUUGUUUGGAUUGUUGCUAUUUUUACUAGCUUUUACAAUUCAGCUUAUACACUAGCUUUAUUUCCAAUGAAAAGAGCAGGUUUCUAGCUCUUCUUUUCCCCCCGGUGUGUCAAACAACCCCUAUGCUUUUAUUAGGCAAUGGAGGGCCAGAUCAAACUUGCCUAUGCUAUAUAUGCAGCUUCAGCUGCCAUGGUGGAAACUAGAGCAUAUUUGCAUUUAUUAGACAGAUUGUGUGCUUUUCCAUUCAAGGGCUAAAAAAUCCACAGGUUGCCAUUUUUAGCUUGCAAACAGCUCUUCUCGAUUUUUGUUAUUUGUGCUCUCAUUUCAAUUAUGUAGAAGUUAGUAUUAAAGUUCCUAGUCGGACUGUUAAAGCUACUCAUAACAUUGCUC